AUGGAAAUAAAGGGGACAGAGAAUGGAAUAGCAGCCAUGGCAGCCUGCUACCAGAGAUUUGAUCCAGCAGCAUAUCUACAAUACAACUACACUCCUCCACGGGCUGAUUUUGAAAGAAAGGACAGCAUAGUGCCAUGGAAACUGGCGUGUCUGCACAGAGCUUUCACUGAAGGUGAUGUGAGCGGUGAGCUGCUGGUGGACAUUGGUUCAGGUCCCACCCUGUACCAGGUGCUGAGUGGCUGUGAAGUUUUCAAGGAGGUGCUCCUCACAGACUACCUGGAGGUCAACCGCCAGGAGCUGAGGCGCUGGCUCCAGGAUGAGGGAGGCUGUGGCUUGGACUGGACACCAUACCUGCAGCACGUAUGCAAGCUGGAGGGACGACGACCCUCAGCAUGGACAGAGAAAGCUGCCAAGCUGCGACAUGUCAUCACGGACAUCCUCCCCAUUGAUGUGCACUCCCCUCAGCCUCUGGCCCCUGAUGCCCUUCCCUCAGUGGGGGCCGACUGUCUGGUGUCCUGCUUCUGUCUGGAGAGCGUCAGCCCUGACCUGGCUGCCUUCACGAGGGCCCUGGGCCACAUUCGGAAGCUCCUGAGGCCUGGUGGCCACCUCCUCCUCAUCGGGGCCCUAGGAGAGAGUUACUACUUUGGGGGGCCGGGGGUAAAGAUCCCUGUGGUCCCACUGAAUGAGGCCCAGGUCUGUGCUAGUUUGAAUGAGAGUGGCUACACGCUAAUCAGGCUGGAGGUUUACACACUGCCUCAAGACAUGAGGGUGGGGGUUGAUGAUGUAUCUGGGGUGUUUUUCGUAAAGGCAAAGAAGGAAUAA